GUUGCUAAACACUUUAGCGCAACUUCAGUUCAGCUGUAGAUUGUGACCUGACGCUCGACGUCAUAAUUGCGCUAAAUGUUGCUAAAAGACAUUCAUAGAAUCAAAGACAUUCGACUGACUGUUCAACUUGGAAGAAGGACUAAUCAUGACAGGUAGGGAUGUUUGGGUUGGGUCCUGGAGGCCACACAAGCCCCGAGGCCCCAUAGCUGCGUUCUACAGCAGCCCUGGACCCAAAUAUGCUCUUCCAGGGGCCACAGGUAUGAACUUUCAUGACCCCAGGAAGCUGAAAGGUGCUGCAUUUAGCUUUGGGACACGUCACCGCCAGUUCUCUUCGGACUGCUCCCCCGGCCCAGGAUAUCUGGUCCCUUCCAAUAUCACCAGGGUGGGUCGAGAUGGGACUCCCGCUUACUCCCUCUACAGCCGGCCCAAGGACAUCAUGCUAUUCCAGACCCCUGGGCCAGGGCGUUACUCCCCAGAGAGGGCAGGAAAGUCAGCCUACUACUCUUCUCCUGCCUACUCCCUUUCUGCCAGGAGCAAAGGAUUCCUUAAUGACCAGACACCAGGACCUGCUGCCUACAUGCUGCCCUCUGUGCUCGGGCCAAACACUGUUAACAAAACCUCAGCUCCAAACUUCUCCCUCCGCGGACGCAGCAAGAUUGGCAGCUUCCAUGAGGACCUGCAAAAGACUCCUGGCCCAGGGACUUAUAGAGUGGUGGACCCCUGCACCUACAAGCAUAAGCCUGCCCAUUACAGCAUGACUGGCCGUAACAGCAUGCCUGGAGAUACCACCAGGAAACCAGGCCCUGGGGCCCACCAUCCUGAGCAGGUGACCUUCACAAGGGUCAAGCCUCCAAGCUUCUCUUUUGGAAUCCGCCACUCUGAGUUUAUUGCGCCACUUAUUGUGGAUGUUGCUGAAUAAGUAUCUCUUCUUACCCCUUGCCAUGUUCCUUUUACCUAUAAAUAAACACUGCAGGAUCAACAAUCCUCUACACUGACAAAUGAUUACUUAUUCUGAUAAUCCAGCAUCAUAUACAAAUGUCUAGAUUAAGAGUGAAGAAUUGUUUUGAAGAGUGCUGUGCCAAGUAUUCAUACUUUUAUGUCAAUGCUACUUCUGAUUUUAUGAUUGUCUUAAAUGACUACUUUAGGAAAAAGAUAAUCUGUGGACAUUGUCUAUUGAUAUUCAUUAUUAGAUUGUGGUUCAUCAUCUGUAAUGCGC